GCAGUGUCGUGUGUAUCAGUCCAGCCUGAGCAGAGCAGCAGCUGAUCAGCGAGCAGGGCGCAGCAUCAGGGAUUCAACCAGCUGUAACUACAGGAAGAGGCACCAGGAGGCUCGAGCCACGCAGCCCAGAGGAGCAGUGCCUGUGGAUGGACAGCGCAGACACUCAUGGCAUCUCAGGAGCGUGUGGAUGCGAGAGACUCGGCCACUGCUGAUCUGAACCCAGGGAUGGAGGGCACCGCUGUGCCCGGCAGUGGCAAAACGUGUCCCGUCCACAUUCCAGGCGCGGAGGAGAGCAAGAGGGGCUUCAGGAAAGGCAUCGGGAGGCACAAUGACUACGUGAAGAUCUCUGUGCCGGACUCCAAGGUCAAUCGUCUGCCCAUGGAGUGGUGGAAGACGGUGAUGGCCUUCUUUUAUGCUGGCUUCAACUUGGUCCUCACCACCGUCGUCAUCACCGUUGUCCAUGAGAGGGUCCCAUCCAAAGAGAGCAGCCCACCUCUUCCCGACAAGUUCUUUGACUAUAUCGACAGAGUUAAGUGGGCGUUCACAGUGACUGAGAUCAACGGCAUGGUGCUGCUCGCCAUCUGGAUGAUCCAGCUGUUCUUCUUCAGAUACAAGUCAAUAGCAAUCAGACGCUUCUUCUUCCUCAUUGGCACCCUGUACUUGUACCGCUGUGUCACCAUGUACAUCACCACCCUGCCUGUACCUGGCAUGCACAUGACGUGUGCUCCUAAGCUCCACGGAGACUCCCAGGCAAAAAUCCAGCGAAUCCUGCGGCUGAUUUCGGGCGGAGGUCUUUCCAUCACGAACUCCCAUCUGUUGUGUGGAGACUUCCUGUACAGCGGACACACUGUGAUGCUCACUCUCACCUACCUAUUCAUCAAGGAGUACUCGCCGCGGUCGUUUUGGUGGUACCAUCUGAUGUGCUGGCUGCUGAGUGCAGUGGGAGUGGUGUGCAUCUUGGUGGCUCACGAGCACUAUAGCGUGGAUGUGGUCGUGGCCUACUUCAUCACCUCCCGCCUGUUCUGGUGGUACCACACCAUGGCCAAUUUACAGACUGUGAAAUGUCUGCCCAACAACUACCUCACCAACACCUGGUGGAACCCUGUGUUCAACUUCCUGGAGAGGAACGUCCAAACCUCGGUGCCGUGCUCGUACAGCUGGCCCAUCACCUGGCCUCCCGCCUGCCUUAAGAACCCCUGCAAGAAGUACUCCAUGGUACAAAGUACCCGAGAGGAGUGACCUUACCCCGAUACCACAACAGUGUUGCCUGAUCAUCCACCAGAGGCUGUACUCAUUCAUUCAGUCAACUUGACGGGAGCUUAAUGGUACCAAAUGCUUAGCAAAAGCAACAAAAAAUGUGCCUCGAAGGAAAAUCUUGUUUUCUCUUUGUCUCUCAGUGUUAUUUAUUUAUUUUUUCAGAUAAAGUUCUCAUUGUUUUUGAAAAUGACACUUGUAGCAGCUCCUGGUGAAUUUCACACACUUUGUCGCAGCUGACUCGUAGGUUUGUUUUAGUAUUUGCCAGACUUUGAUUUUGGAUCUGCUCCUGUUACAUACUGUAUAUACUGAUGGGUUUACCUCAAUGUAAUAUCAGUGUGCUCAAGUCACAAGGUGCCUUAGUGUGUUAGAUGUCAGUAGAUGUACCAAAACUGCCAUUAUGAGUCUUUUUUUCAGCUUAUUAUUAUUAUUAUUAUUAUUAUUAUUAUAUUACUAUUCAUUUUGUUGUCAUUUUAGUAGCCCAGAUUGUGUUUUAUUGUCUCAUCAUUGUAUUAAAUGUAACCAUACCAAGGCUUCCUUCUAUUUUGGGAUUUAAUGAAAUUAUCUUUGUUAUCUACCUCAUGUGCAAGUUUUUGACAGCUUCAUGUUUAGUGCAUCUCUUCAACCUUUUGUUCCUCACACAAGUUACAAGAAAUAAAUGUUUUUCUAAAAGUAGUUCCAAUGAUAGCCUACAUUAAAAUCCAGUCUGAGUCACAUGCCUCUGUAUUAAAAUGACAUUGUCCACAUUAAGGAAAGUAAAACAUUAUAGCUCUGCAUUCAGACAGUCGGUUAUAGGUCCCAUUUUUUAAUCAUAUACGUUACAAACUAUUAAAUUAAGCAUAAAAUCAACUGCUACAUUUGGAUUAUGUUAACUAUAUUUACAUUAUUGUAUCUACUGUGUGAUACAGAGCAACAGUAACAUACUCACACAGAUGCGCUCACUGUGUUUUGGCUCAGUCAUUCAGGUUUGCAGAUUGUGUCUGAAAGACAUCAUACACACAGAAGGCCAACCUGUCCACUGUACAUGAGAUACCCAUAUAGAGAGAGGAGAGGAGAGCUGUGACUUUUAUCUGUCCCUUCCAUCAAGUUUCAAUCAAAUCAAAUAUACUUAAUGUCUCGUUGGGAAAACAUUUCUGGGGCCAAAGUGCUACAGCAGCUGCAGAACAGUACAUUGUGCGAC